AUGAUCUUGACGCCCAUUUCAUCGGAGAAUGGUGCGGGUGAUGAUCCCAUCGUCGUGGUGGGAACGGCGUGUCGUCUCCCCGGGGAGGCGACCUCCCUCCAAGCACUAUGGGAUAUGAUGAGCAAUGAACGGACGGGUCAUAUACCUGUUCCAGCUGAGCGAUGGGAUGCAGAUGCCUGGUACCAUCCAGAUCCAGAUCGAAAGGGCGCGAUUACAUCAAAAGCCGGAUUCUUCUUAAAAGAGGAUAUUGCAGCAUUCGAUGCACCAUUCUUUUCGGUCACAUCCAAAGAGGCAAUGGGAAUGGACCCGGCUAAGCGGCUUCUAUUAGAGGUAUCAUAUGAGGCUUUAGAAAAUGCUGGAAUGCCGAUGGAGAGAGUGGCUGGUUCGAGAACUGGCGUCUAUGUUGGAUGUAUGACGAGUGACUACGAAGAUAUGUCCACUCAUGACAUUUACGACCUGGCACAUAAUGCCGCAGCUGGUGUUAGCGAGGCCAUGACUGCCAACCGCGUGUCGUGGUUCUUCGACUUUCGCGGACUCAGUCUCACCGUUGACACGGCGUGCUCAUCAAGUCUGUACGCACUGCACCUAGCAUGCCAGUCGUUGCAACUAGGUGAAACAGAUAUGAAUCUGGUCGCAGGUGUAAACGUCAUUUUAUAUCCCAAUGCGAUGAGCCAGCUAACGGCUAUGCACAUGCUUAGCCCCGAAGGAAUCUCUCAUUCGUUUGACCACCGAGCUAAUGGGUACGGUCGCGGCGAGGGAACAGGAGUCGUCGUUCUCAAACGUCUCUCUGAUGCGCUUCGAGAUGGGGAUGUAAUUCGUGCCGUUAUCCGGGCUUCGGCUACCAACGUUGACGGGCGAACGCCGAGUGUCACGAUGCCUAGCUCAGAAGCCCAAGAAGACUUGAUUCGCACGACGUAUAAGCAAGCCGGGCUUCCGAUGAGCGAGACAUCCUAUGUUGAGCUUCAUGGUACCGGUACGCCGGUAGGAGACCCCAUUGAACUGUCUGCUAUUGCAGCGACAUUCGGCGCUUCUAGGAGUCAGCCCGUGUAUGUGGGAAGUAUCAAGCCAAAUGUCGGUCACACAGAAGGCUGUGCAGGCAUUGCCGGUGUGCUGCGUGCCAUCACCUCCUUGGAAAAUGGGGAAAUCCUUCCCACUGCUGAGAUUGAAAAGGUCAAUCCACGGCUGACAUUUGAGGACUGGAAUCUGGCCUUGCCCUCAAAAGUCUUGCCAUGGCCUGCCACAGGAACUCGUCGCAUUAGCGUCAAUAGCUUUGGCUUCGGCGGAGCCAAUGCACAUGUUAUCAUGGAUGAUGCAUACCAUUACCUGAAGGAACACGGCCUCACCGGAUUUCAUGCCACCACACUUCCAAAAACAGAUGGGCUGGAAGAGGCAAAUGGCCAUGCCAGUGAGACAGCGGCAAAGAAGCUCCUGGUCAUCAGCUCUCGAGACCAACAGGGACUGCAGCGAAUCGCAAAACAGUUUGGAAGCUUGAUUAAAUCUCAACCAUCUGUUGCAGUUUCCGGCCUAGCCCAUACCCUCUUCAAUAAACGCUCGUUCUUCGAUUACAGAUCUUUCGUCGCAGCGGACACAUUACAGGAACUUUCCCUGAGACUGGAGCGGGCCCUGCCGAUAUUUCGACGCCCUACCAAAUUAAAUGGUAUUGUGUUCGUCUUCACGGGUCAGGGUGCCCAAUGGGCGGGUAUGGGUAAAGAACUCAUUGACUUCCCUAUCUUCGCUGAAAGUAUCAUCAAGAGCGGAGCUUAUUUGACCUCCCUGGGCUGUUUGUUUGAUCUGCGGCAGGAACUACAAAACACAUAUGAUAGCAAGAUCGACUCCCCGGAGUACAGCCAGCCUAUUUGUUCAGCUGUUCAAAUUGCCUUAGUAGACCUACUGCGAGACUGGUCUAUCACACCUCGCGCGGUGAUUGGACAUUCUAGUGGAGAGAUUGCGGCUUCAUAUGCGGCUGGAAUCACUACUCAUGAAGAUGCAAUUAAGGUCGCAUAUUUCCGUGGGAUUUACUCCCUUCGCGUUGCGGAGAGCUCCCGACGAGGUGGCAUGCUGGCUGUAGGAAUCUCCGCUGAAGAGGCCCAAGAGUACCUGAAGACAGUGCCAAAGGGGAGCGUGGUGACAGCAUGUGUUAACAGUCCAAACAGUGUUACCCUCUCAGGGAACGUCGACCGAGUCACUGAGCUGGAGAAGCUGAUCUCAAGUGAAGGGAAAUUCGCUCGCAAGCUUCGCGUAUCGACUGCCUAUCACUCGCCCCAUAUGCAGAGUGUUGCGAGCGAAUGUUUGGCUGCCAUGGAUAGAUCAGGCUUUUCCAAGCCCCAGAAAUCUUCUAUAUUGAUGUUUUCAUCGGUGACGGGAGCUCUCGUGGACCCUGAAACAGUGGAUACCUCCUACUGGAUUCGUAACAUGUGCCAAUCGGUCCUAUUCUCCCCGGCUCUAGAUGCACUUCUCACAUACUCGACCAAUCGACGAAGGAAUCGUCGCUUACCGUACAAGUGGAAUUCUAUCCUGGAAAUAGGCCCACACUCUGCGCUCAAAGCGCCCAUCGUUCAGACUAUGGAAGGAGUCGAGAAGAACCUUUCUGCACUUGGAAAUCCCAUCUUGCUAAACCGAGUGAACCGGGAGGAGGGCGAUACCAACCCUCAGACCUUAGUAAAUCUUCCUCCAUACCCCUGGAACCAUGAGAACCGCUAUUGGCAUGAAGCAAGCAACACAAGAUCCGAAAGACUCAAGAAACAACCUCGAUCGGACCUUUUAGGCGUUCCUGUCCCUAGUCAGAACCCCUUUGAGCCGCAAUGGAAAAAUUAUCUGCGUCUGCGGGAGAAUCCUUGGAUUUCUGACCACGUCAUCACCGGAACUACAUUGUAUCCCGGGGCUGGAAUGUUGAUUAUGGUCCUGGAAGCGGCGCAGCAGAUGGUACCCAAGGGAACAAAAAUUGAAGGAAUUGAAUUUAUCGACGUUCAUUUUGAGCGUGGGCUUGUCGUUCCGAGCGAGGGCGCUGUGGAGACACGCCUCAGCAUCAAUCUAUCCGAGGGUAACGAUGAGAGCCACAGCUUUGCGAUCUUCUCAGUCACAGGAAAUUCUAGCUGGACCAAGCAUUGCUAUGGCUACUUCAGUAUCCAGAAGAGCAGUGAUCGCGUUCAAAGCGAGUCAGCUACGCUGGACUGGGAGCGACGCCUCGGCCAGGUUCAUGCUGUCAAGAAGGUUGCAUCGCAGACGGUUAACAUCGACAAACUCUAUCAAGAUCUCCAUAAAGUGGGUAUGGAAUACGGUGAUACCUUCCGCAACCUGACCUCUUUGGCGGCCACUCCAGAUGCGAGCCAAUGCUACGGCACUGUGAAAAUCCCCGAUACCAAGUCUGUGAUGCCAUUUGAAUUCGAGUACCCUCAUAUCAUCCACCCCGCUACAUUGGACGCGAUCUUCCACUUGAUGGUCCAUGUCGUGUCGGAUGGGGGAACGUGGACGGACGCAGCCGUACCCUAUAGACUGCAACGGUUGUUUAUUGCGACUGAUCAGUCCCACGAUGCUGGCACGUUAUUCUCGGGAUACGCCAGUCGUCAUAACAAGACUGACAACGGCCUCCUGGGUGCAGAUCUAGUUGUGUCAGAUGAAUCUUGGCAGUCACCCAAGAUCAUCGUGGAUGGAUUAUUGAUGAAGAAAGUCACUGGUGCUGGGUCAAGCUCUAGUGAUGUAGGAGAAAACGAAAUUGCCAAGAGAUGCACUAUUUUAACGUGGGAGCUGGACCCCACCAGUUUCGUUCACUCUCCUGACUCCUCUUCUCUCUCCAUUGAGAACGUCAACACAUUGCAGGACUGGCUACGGAUCGAAUGCCACAAAACACCGGGACUGACAGUUUUGAUUGAUGGUAACGCGCUGGGGCUAAUACUAACAGAUGAGCUGCUUCCUUUCAUAUCCGAGGCCUCCCCAUACCGCGCUCUAUCACAGCUUACCAUCACUGGAUCGAACGAAGAGACCUUAGAUCCCUGGCGUAAGACCAUUACAGAUGUUGAGGCUGAUUCCCAAGUCACAUUCCACGUUAGUGGGGAAGCAUCUGGCUAUCCCCUCGAUGAUACCAAAUUCCAUUUAAUCAUCACCGCAUCCAGCGGACACUCGGCGGAAGCAUCCGCUGCACCUUGGGUCCCUGCUCUCCGGCAAGAAGGUCGUUUGCUUAUAUUGUCUCAAGAGAAGCCUGAUUUGGCUGCAGGGAAAUCUCUGACAAAUGGUUUUUCGUAUCCAAAGGUCCAAGCUCGAAGCAUAUCAUUGAAGACAGGGACCAUAGUCAUCAUCGCCGUGCCUCGAGAGCCCUAUCUUAACCGAGGAGGAGUUUGCCUACUUCUUCCGAGAACGUACAUCGAUUCUCAUGCUGCUUCUCUGGAAAUUGAGUUGGAAAGAAGUCUUCUUAAUCGCGGGAUUUCCGUCCGAAAGGCGUUCGCAGACAUGGCCAACGAUCUCGCUGACCAGCAUAUCAUUUCCCUUCUAGACCUCGGCCAGCCUGCUGGGUUUUUGUCAUGCUGGACAAAAGACGAAUUUGAAUCUUUCAAGACUCUGUUGAACACUGUCAAACAUUUAUGUUGGCUUUCCCGUGCGGGGCAGAUGUUGUCGCCCGAUGAGGCUGGACUUAGCAGUGCUCCCACGACUGGGUUCCUUCGUGUCCUGCGAAAUGAGCUGCCACAGGUCACCAUCACACAUGUGGAUCUGACAACGAGUUUUAACUCGUCCAAGGCUGAGGCAAUCCUGAACCUCUGGAUUCCUCUUUCGCUGAAUGAAGCCGACUCCGCUGAUCUGGAGUAUGCUGAGUUCAAAGGAGAAUUCUAUAUUCCCCGUACGGUAGCUGCGCCAUCGUUUGAUUCGGAGAUUGCCUUGGCGACAGGAGCUGCCCCUGCCGAACCCACAUCACUUGGGGACGCAGGCCAUCUCCAGCUGGGAGAUGAGGAAGGUGCUGCUCUUGUAUGGAAACUUGUGCCCGAGCCACAGGCCAACAUGUCACCAGAAGAGGUGGACAUUAAGGUGACCAAUGUUUCCACCACCGUCGGUCGUUCUUUCAAUAUCUCCUCGCCACAGGCGCUCUGGACUCAGACGACUGGCAUUGUUUCUGCGUGCGGCGCGAGUGUUUCCGAGUUGUCUCCGGGUGAUCAUGUAGUCGUUCUGGGACCAUCAAAAUGCCAGAAUAGGGUGCGGGUGCAUUGGUCCAAGGUCCACAAGGUGCCCGUGGGAGUCGCCCUUGAUGCGGCGGCAACGACCAUUUGGCUCUAUGCGUUGGCUUUAUACAUUCUCGAGCAUAUCGUCCGUCUUCAGGACGGUGAGAACAUUCUCAUUUGCGAUGGCUUGACCCCUCUCACUCAAGCCUUGAUUUCGCUAUCUAGCACAACUGGUGCAAAUAUCUUCACUACGGUGUCGAGCCAAGCUGACAAGAGGAUUGUUCAAAGUCUGGGUAUUCCUGUCAAUGUAAUCGUGGAUUUCAAUUCGACCGGAGUAUCAUCUUAUCUCCUCCAUGAAACCGGCGGUCGAGGAAUUGAUGCACUCAUUGCUCCGGCACACAUUGUCACCAAGGACCCAUCAGCCUUUAUCGCAGACUUCGGGCGAAUUGCGAUUAUCGGAACAGGAGAUGAUCAUGGCCUGCCGCGCAGCCUAGGAAGAAGGAACCUAACCUACUCUUUGGUGCAGCCGGCGCAGAUCCUGGAAGAGCACCCGCAAACGGUUACGCGAUUGUUGAGGAAACGCGCCAGUCUGUUAAAUGCUGUUUUACCCGCCUCCAAGUUCACACCCGACCUCCAGGUAUUCUCUGUAUCCCAGCUUUCUGACGCCGCAGAGCGAUGUGGCAGCUCAAAGGAGGGUGGCAUCGUGUCUGUUUCGUUUGGUGAUGAUGCGUUGGUUCCCGUCCUCCCCCCUAAGCCACAGACACUAGAACUCCCUGCGGAUGGCACAUAUGUUCUAGCGGGAGGGUUAGGCUCGCUGGGCCUUCGAAUCGCCAAGUUGAUGGCCCAGCAUGGAGCUCGCCAUAUCGUUCUCCUAUCCCGCUCCGGAAAUAAUCCCAAGUGGGAUGGGGAGAUUGCGGUUGUAGAAUCGAUUGGGGCAUCGGUGGAGGUCUUCAAGUGUGACGUUACCAAAGCGGAUGAGGUGGAAGACGCAAUCAAGUCGUUAUACCUGGUCGGCAGAAGGAUCCGUGGCGUUGUGCAGUGCGCCAUGGUCUUGCAAGACAGUAUAUUCAGCACAAUGACCCACGACCAGUGGCAGAAGGCAUUCACCCCGAAAGUAGCAGGAACAUGGCAUCUUCACAAUUCUCUCCCCACCACCAUUGACUUCUUCAUUCUCCUGUCAUCGGUCGUCUCAGUCAUUGGGAACGUCUCACAAGCCAACUAUGCUGCCGGGAACGCCUGGAUGGACGCAUUUGCCCACUACCGUCGCAGUCUAGGCAAAGCCGCCGUGUCUUUGAACGUGGGUUUAGUGCGGGACUCAGACCACACGAUUGACGGAACAAACAUGGACUCGUACCUAGAUCGUUUUAGUCACAUGGCCAGUGUCAGUACCACGCUCGAUGAGCUUGAUAUUGCACUGUUAGCGUGUAUGCGCGGUCAUACGGCGGAUGGUUCCCCCAUCCCGCCUCAGGUGGUGUACGGCAUGACGGAUGUGCUGCGUCGCGAGGGGCCGGUGGUGGACCAGUGGACUCGCGACCGUAAAUUCGACCAUCGCGUUGCCAGGCUCAAUAGUUCCACAGGGGCAGCCACGGGCGAUGGCGCAUCCGGGGCUGAUGUGAAGGCAGCCCUGGGCAAUGCAAAAUCCGGACCAGAGGCAGGCCAAGUGGUGAUAGAUGUGUUCAAGAGGCUCCUGGCUCCUGGAUUGGGAGUCCAGCCGGCUGCUAUUGGUGAUGAUCAACCGAUGUUUGAGCUAGGAGUUGAUUCGUUUAAAGCGGUGGAAAUCCGCAAUCACGUCUUCCGGGAAUUGAAGAGCGAGAUAUCGGUCUUUGAGAUCCUCAGCUCCAAGCCAUUGGAGGAGUUGUCCAUCCUUAUCGCCAUGAGGAGUCAGCUGGUGACGGCCGAGGCGAAAGCAGCAUAG